AGGCACUCUCACCCUGCGUUUCUCCUUCCUUCAGCUCCAUGGCAUCAUAUAGAGAACCUGGACCUUUUCUUCUCUCGUGUCUAUAAUCUGCAUCAGAAGAAUGGCUUCACCUGCAUGCUCAUCGGGGAGAUCUUUGAGCUUAUGCAGUUCAUCUUUGUGGUGGCGUUCACCACCUUUCUUAUCAGCUGCGUCGAUUAUGACAUUCUCUUUGCCAACAAAGCAGUAAAUCACAGCCAGCACCCAAGUGAGCCUAUUAAGGUGACGCUGCCAGAUGCCUUCCUGCCUCCACAUGUCUGCAGUGCAAGAAUCCAGGCAAACAGCUUCCUCAUCUGCAUCCUGGUGAUAGCUGGGGUUUUCUGGAUCCACCGACUCAUCAAAUUUAUCUAUAACAUUUGCUGCUACUGGGAAAUUCACUCCUUCUACAUCAACGCCCUCAGAAUCCCCAUGUCCAACCUGCCCUACUACACCUGGCAGGAGGUGCAGGCCCGCAUCGUGCAGAUCCAGAAGGAGCACCAGAUCUGCAUCCACAAGAAAGAGCUGACGGAGCUGGACAUCUACCACCGUAUUCUCCGCUUCAAGAACUACAUGGUGGCCAUGGUGAACAAGUCUCUGCUGCCCAUCCGCUUCCGGCUGCCCUUACUGGGAGACACCGUCUUCUACACUCGUGGGCUCAAGUACAACUUUGAGCUCAUCUUCUUCUGGGGACCCGGCUCCCUCUUUGAGAAUGAGUGGAGCCUGAAGGCAGAGUACAAGCGGGCUGGGAACCGCCUGGAGCUAGCUGAGAAGCUCAGCACUCGCAUCCUCUGGAUUGGCAUUGCCAACUUCCUCCUUUGCCCUCUCAUCCUCAUCUGGCAGAUCCUCUAUGCCUUCUUCAGCUACACAGAGAUCCUGAAGCGGGAGCCGGGCAGCCUGGGUGCCCGCUGCUGGUCUCUCUAUGGCCGCUGUUACCUCCGUCACUUCAAUGAGCUGGACCACGAACUGCACUCGCGCCUCAGCAAGGGCUACAAGCCAGCUUCCAAGUAUAUGAACUGCUUCAUCUCCCCGCUCCUCACCAUUGUGGCCAAGAACGUGGCCUUCUUUGCUGGCUCCAUCCUGGCUGUGCUUAUCGCUCUCACCAUCUAUGAUGAGGACGUGCUGGCGGUCGAGCAUGUGCUGACCACAGUCACCCUGCUUGGGGUGGGCAUCACUGUGUGCAGGUCCUUCAUUCCUGACCAGCACCUGGUGUUUUGCCCAGAGCAGCUGCUACGGGUCAUCCUGGCGCACAUCCACUACAUGCCUGACCACUGGCAGGGCAAUGCUCACCGCUAUGAGACCCGGGACGAGUUUGCCCAGCUUUUCCAGUACAAAGCGGUCUUCAUCCUGGAGGAACUCCUGAGUCCCAUCAUUACGCCCCUGAUCCUUAUCAUCUGUCUCCGACCCAAGUCUUUGGACAUCGUUGACUUCUUCCGCAACUUCACCGUGGAGGUGGUGGGUGUGGGUGACACCUGCUCCUUUGCCCAAAUGGAUGUGCGCCAGCACGGCCACCCAGCGGUAGGCUGGUCCUUCAGGAUUCCCGGGCCUGGCAGGAGCUUAAACUCCAUUUACCAGCAGGCCGAGGAUGGCAAGACGGAGCUGUCCCUCAUGCACUUCGCCAUCACCAACCCCAAGUGGCAGCCUCCCCGCGAGAGCACGGCCUUCAUCGGCUUCCUGAAGGAGCGGGUGCACCGGGACAGCAGCGUGGCACUGGCCCAGCAGGCUGUGCUCCCCGAAAAUGCUCUCUUCAGCUCCAUCCAGUCUCUGCAGUCGGAGUCAGAGCCUCACAGCCUGAUUGCCAACGUGAUAGCGGGCUCCUCAGCACUGGGCUUUCACGUGGGCCGCGAUGGACAGGCCUCCCGCCAUCUCUCUGAAGUGGCCUCAGCCCUACGUUCCUUCUCCCCGCUCCAGUCUGCCCAGCAGCCCCCCAGCGGCUUCCAGCCAGGGGGAAGGGAUGGAGAGGGAGCCCAGCCUCGGGGUGCGAGUGCCAUGACAGUCUCUGGUGCCGAUGCAAGGACUGUGAGCUCAGGGAGCAGCGCCUGGGAGGGUCAGCUGCAGAGCAUGAUCCUGUCAGAGUAUGCCUCCACCGAGAUGAGUCUCCACGCGCUCUACAUGCAUGAGUUGCACAAACAGCAAACCCAGCUGGAGCCUGAGCGUCACACUUGGCACCGUCGAGAGAGCGACGAGAGUGGGGAGAGUGCCCAUGAAGAGCUGGAAGCUCAGCGGGGUGCCCCUGUCCCCAUCCCUCGCUCUGCCAGCUACCCCUUCUCCUCGCCGCGGCAGCCUGCUGAGGAGACGGCCGCGCUGCAAACUGGCUUCCAGCGGCGAUACGGUGGCAUCACAGACCCAGGCACAGUGCACAGAGCCCCAUCACACUUCUCCCGCCUCCCACUGGGAGGCUGGGCUGAGGACGGGCAGUCAGCGAGACACCCAGAGCCUGUGCCGGAGGAGAGCUCAGAAGAUGAGCUUCCACCACAGAUCCACAAGGUGUAGCCUUAUAGACUGGGGAUCUCGUGGGGGUUGCAGACUGGGAGCCGCCUGGGCAGCAGGAUGUGGCAUCAGCCUGAUUCUUCUCCCGUCCCAAGGGGACAGGGUGGUCCUGGGCUUCAUUUUAUUGCCAUCAAUUGCCGAAGAGACAAAACUGCCAGGUCAGCGGCUUUGUGGUGGCGCCUUGUGUCCAGCCGUGUGUCAAGUCAACGCCACUCUGACUCUUGUGGGGUGAAUGCGUGUGUGAGUACAUACGUGUGUCUGUGUUCACAUCUGUGUCGUCUGUGUCGGAGGAUCGCUGCAGAGCCUACGAAAGCUGACGUGAUGGGACUGGCAGUGAGGAGCUGUGGACUGGCUCGGAGGUGGCAGUAGCAGCUGCCAGUCAAAGGGAUGUGAGAAGGCACCAGCUCCAGACGUCCAUCCAGGGCUGAGACCUGCCUCCAAAAUGAGGACAGGGAGCUGGUGUCCUCUGGGGAUGGCCGCCCAUGGCAGGAGAUGUCGAGGGGGAGCUAGCUCAGUCUGUGGCAGUGCUGGCACGAUGACUGCCCUACCUGCAGCCUUGGGGAGGUGCCCAGCACUGCGUUGCCCUUCCCAGGGAGGACCAACUUCAUGCUCCUCAAUCCGCAGCAGGAUGGCAGUGGGGCGGUCCCCCCACUACGUGCACACACGCGCUGCCCCAGCUCCCUGCUUAGAGAUGGGACCCCACUGCUGCUGGUGUGGGUAGGAUGGCACUCACUGGGAUCCGGGGAUGCUGCAGCUCUUCCCCAGCUCCUAUAACAGCUGCCCAGUCCCUUGCAUGCAAGGAAGAAGGGGCUGUGGGGGUGGGAGACUUUUGUCCCUGAUAUCUCUCCCAGCUGGCAGCCUCUGUGCCAUAUCUCUGAGCGAGGACAAUGUGCCCCUGGCCGGUGCCCGUGGGACGUGGGCUGCUAGCGGGGCCCCCUUGCAAUGCCAAAGAGACCAUGGAGUGGUCCUGCCUGGCUUCUCCUGGGGGCACACGUGGCCUGGGCAGAGCCCACCCUGACGGUCUUGUGCUGUGUGUAUUGAAUUGACUCCCUUCCCCCAGAUGUUAUAAAAGCCUCUUCCCUAUGCCUGACCUGUCUGAUACAUGGGAUCUGUCUUCCUGAUGUGGCCGUUUCUGUGGUAUUGGGGCUUUCCUCCUGCCCAAAGCCUUCAGUGUGUCUUACAUCUCACCCAGGGGCUCUCAGCUCCUUCCUUCGCUCCUGAGAGAAUCCUUUUGCUUGCAACGUUGCGUUGGCUGCUGCAGAGCCCGCGUCCUAAAGCAGAUGGCUGAUUUCUCGGGGGCGCAAGAGGAGGUGCCUUAAACGCAGAGGGGAGAGACAAACCGUAGCCCAGCCCCAUGGUAGAGGGGAGAGUAGGGAGCCUGGUUGUGCAGCGUAACCUCAGACAGGACCUUCCCAAGAUCACCCUAGUUUCCCUUGCCCCUCUUCCAGUGGCAGCUCGUGAGCAUGUACAUCUCGGUUAACCCCUGCCAGGCAUUGCUUUUGCCCUCCUUCACUCCCCUUUCCCCUGGUAGGGACUGCUUGCUUUUACCAUGCCCUCUGUGAGCAGCAGGCAAGCCCUCCUCUCCCAUCCCUGGAGUCCAGGGCCACCUUUCUUCCCCUGGCAGGAUUAUUGCCCUGUGCCCUUUGAGCCUGGGCUGGGCACACGCCUGAUGAGCCAGCUGCUCUUUGCGCUGGGACAGACACGCCUGGUAGGAGGGACGCAAGUGUGGAGGCAUGUGGCGUUGUGCCCAAGGAUUCCUCAGUUGUUUACUAACAUAAAGGGGACCAUAAAAGAGCAAGGGCUCCAGGUGUAGCAUGACUCCAAGUAAUAAGUAUUUUAUUACUCACUCUUAGAUUGCAGUCUCAGCCUAAUUCGCUCUAGCCAGGCCCUACAUGUUAUGCUAUUUGCGCUUCAGGUUUGCGAGCGCGUUGCUGUCUUACAAGUUCUGAUCCCUUGAUGCCCUGUCUGUCGCGGAGGAAUCCCGAUGCGGGCGUCCCCUUCUCACUGGGCGCGGGUCCUGCAGUCAGGCCAGCUGCCUGGCGCAGGGUCCACACUGCAUAAGCUGGCGCUAAUCUUUUAUAGCGUUCCCCUGUUGUUCUCCUCCAGUAACAGCAGUUUAACCCAAUGCAAGCCUAACGGCCUUUCGUCCAAUCAUGUUCCCUUGCAGUUUUCUUCUUUAUGACUUCUUAUCGCUAUUCCCACAUAGUUCUACCAGAGUUGAGAGUUUCUGCAGUGUCAUUUCAUUCCUUAUUACUGUUGCCACAUAGUGCCACUGUUUCCAGUAGUGCCCAGGGACAGGACAAGAGGCAACAGGCACAAACUGAAAUACAGCAAGUAACUUUUUUUACUGUGAGGGUGACUGAGCACUGGAACAUGUUGCCCAGAGAAGUUGUGGAGUUUCCGUCCUUGGAGACAGUCAAAAACCAUCUGGCCAGGAUCCUGAGUAACCUGCUAUAGGUGACCCUGAGCAGGGGGGUUGGGCUAGAUGAUCUCCAGAGGUCCCAUCCAACCUCAACCGUUUGUGCGAUUCUGCAGUUCUGUAGUGUGGGGCUGCAGUUCUGUAGUGUGGGGCUUCAGGCUCUAGACAGCCCGAGUGACUGCCAGCUGGUGGGACGCGCCAGUGUGUCCUGCUGCAGUAAGGGCUGUGCUCUCCAUGAGGCCCACCUUGCCUGCAGGCUUGUGCCAAGGGGUCAAGCAGGGCUGGCUCUGGCCCUGGUGUCUGUGGCCCUCCUGCCUGCAGCGCAGGCAGCCUGUGUUUGCUCUUACACCCUGUGAGACCCAGCUGUGGCCAUAGGAGCAAGAGGGCCAGGAGCACCGAUCAUUCAGUAAUCACUGCCCUGCCUGGCCUUUGAUGUCCUUCCCCCAGCCUGGGGAGCAUAGAGGGGGUGUUUGUGCAGGCACAGGCUCUUUUGGGUGAUGGGCUCCCUGUUGCAAAGGGAAGGGAUAGACCAAAGCUGUGGCUGGUCUGGGCCUGUAAGAGACCAAAAUGAGUAUACUAAGGCAAAGCCCUAGAUGGGGAUCAGCUCCUUACAGCUGGGAUCAGUACUCCUGGGGUCUCUCUCUGGCUUGCCCUGUGACCUGGGGAUAAAUCAUGUGGCUGGGCUCAGCCAGAGGGUAAGAGGUUCGUGGGCCUGGGUACCACACUGGGGUGCCAGUUUCUCUAGCUGUGGGUAUGCUCUCUGCACGGCUGCUGGGGGCAGCCCCUGCCUCCCAUGGAGGAUCAGCUGUAAAAACCCCCACAGCAGCUCCAGCUUGGGGCUGUUGUGGCGUGAUGGGUUCAACAAGGAAACUGAGGGCGAGUCUCCAAUGCACCCAAGCUUUCCAGCUGCUUCCCUUGCCACCUGGGUUCCCUCGCUGCACACAUGGCAAUGCUCCCUGCCCCAGGGCAACUCUUUGAGCCUGCAGCACCUGUUUAGCAGCUCUUGAUGAAAAACGCACAUCGGCCAGCUGGGUUUUUACAGACUCAGAAGCACCUUCUGGCUGCACUCUGUAUGAAGGGCAAGCCUGUGGGUGUCCUCUGUGUCAGCAGGCUUGGCCCUGGGGGUGUGGGGUGCUUGGUCUGGGCUUCCUAGCAUAGUCACUGCUGAUUCUUAAGUAGGGCCAGCUGAGCUGGUGAAGGCUGGCUGCAUCCUGGGGCAAGUGGGAAGUCUGGGCCUUUCCCUGGGGAUAAUGGGGGAGGGAGAGGCCUGACAGGAGCAGGCAGGAGUCCUUGCCGCAUGUUGUGCUUGUGUUGUCACUGUCCCAUGUGCAUGGCGAGCCACUCUUCCUCAUCCCUUCCCAGGGCGUGCGAGUGUGCAGGUGCACGGCAGGGAUCCCCGAGGAGUGCUGAUGGCGGUCCCGUGCCCUCACUGUACAGCUGUAUAGCCAUGUAAUAAAGAUGGGGCAUCGUC